AUGAUGCUGGCCUGCUGCCCUGUGAGCUUGUGAUUUCAAGCUGUGAAAUGGUGAAUUUGUUAAUUGUUCAAGCUGUGAUACUGCCUGCUGGCCUGCUGCUCGCCUAGUCGGCAGUCGCCUGCUGCCCUGCUCCACUGCUCGAGAGUCGAGAGCGUGCUCUGCGCUCACCGCUCUUCGCUUCGUCGCUUCUUCUAAAGUCUAAUCUCCUAUUCUCAUUUUGCUAAAUGAAGAGAAAACGCACUCCAAAUGAACUGCAAAACAUUACUAGCUUCUUUGCUAAAAAGAAUCCUACUUCAACUUCUCUUCCACAUCCCACACAAAAUGAACAAACUAUAUCUCCACCUCAACAGAGUGAACAAACUAUAUGUCCACCUCAAGAAAGUGAACAACAUUCAUCUCCAUCUAAUUAUUCCACUCAAAAUUCCCCUCAAAAUGAACAAGGCCAAUGUUCUCCUAAUGCCCCAAUCUUUGGUGAAAGAUUAAGUGAACAUGAAUUUGCUAAUCUUCCACAAGAUCCAGGAAAGAGGAGAAAGAUGAGUCAAUUUCAUAAAGAUGAUAGAGAUUUAGUGAGAAGAAUUUACAUUCAAAGAAAGCCUUGUCAGCCCAAAGACUUUAUAUUUCCUCAAACUUCUAUUUUUGGCAAAAACCGUCGCUUUUGUGCUAAGUGGUUUGAUACUUGGACUUGGCUUGAGUAUAGUGUGGAAAAGGAUGCUGCCUAUUGUUUCCCUUGUUAUCUAUUCAAGGAUGAAAAUGCAUUUGGAGGUGAUGCUUUUGUUAGUGAUGGUUUCAAAUCAUGGAAUCGAUCGGAUUUAAUAAGAAAACAUGUGGGUAAGCACACGAGUGCACAUAAUAAUGCAGUGUUAGCUAUGGAUUUGUUCAAGAAGCAAAAGUCAAGCAUCACACAAGCCUUGACAAAACAAACCGCUGAGAGUACAAAUGCAUAUAGGAUGCGACUUGAAGCUUCAAUUGAAUCAAUCCAAUGGCUUUUACUCCAAGGGUUGCCUUUUCGUGGUCAUGAUGAAAAAGAAAGUUCCUUAAGAAGAGGUAACUUUCUUUCACUUUUAUCCCUUAUUUCCAAAGGUAACCCUGAAUAUUCUAAAGUUGUUUUCAAAAAUGCUCCUAGUAAUUGUCAACUUACUUCUCCAAAAGUCCAAAAAGAUAUCAUAAAUGCAUGUGCAAAAGAGACAACUAAAGCAAUGCUUGAAGAUAUUGAUGGUGGUUUGUUUUCUAUCCUUGCUGAUGAGUCCGCUGAUGUUUCUGACAAGGAACAAUUGGCUCUUUGUUUGAGAUAUGUUAAUAGAAAGGGAGAAGUGUGUGAGCGUUUACUUGGUAUUGUGCAUGUUGUAAACACUGCUUCUUUGACUCUCAAAACUGCUAUUGAAUCCUUAUUAAUGGAGCAUUCUUUGUCUUUCUCUCAAGUACGGGGUCAGGGUUAUGAUGGGGCAAGUAAUAUGCAAGGUUCUAUUAAUGGCCUUAGGACUCUUAUAGAGAAUGAGUGUAAAGAAGCUUAUUUUGUCCACUGCUUUGCUCACCAACUUCAAUUGACUCAAGUUGCACUUGCUAAAAAGAAUUCAGAUUGUGCUUGGUUAUUUGUUGAUGUACUUGCACCUCUGUUGAACUUUGUGGGGGGUUCACCAAAAAGGAAAGAGUUUCUUCGUGAAAAUCAAGCUCAAAGAGUGGUGGAUGCUUUGUCUCUAGGUGAACUUGAAACGGGUUCAGGUUUAAAUCAAGAACGUGGAUUAGGUAGACCUUGUGAUACUCGUUGGGGAUCUCACUUCAAGACAAUCUUGAAUGUACUUGACUUAUUCCUUAUAUUUGCGAUAACAAAUGCUUUGAAUGUGGCCUUACAAAAGCACGAUCAAGACAUUGUGAAUGCAAUGGCCAUGGUUAAUGUAACCAAGACUAAUUUGCAAAAAAUGAGAGAUGAAGGAUGGGAUUCUCAUAUGGAACAGGUCAUUUCUUUUAUUGGUGACUAUGACAUUGCAGUUCCAGAUAUGGAGGCUAAAUAUGUUGUUCCCGGGAGGAGGUUGUUUCGAGGUAAAUGCCCACAAGUGUCUAAUUUACAUCAUUUUCGAGUUGAAGUUUUUUUUGGUGUCAUUGAUCUUCAAUUGCAAGAACUUGAAAAUCGAUUUCCCGAAAUAACUAAAGAACUACUUGUGUGUAUGUCUUGUUUGAGUCCUGUGGAUCGUUUUUCUAAGUUUGACAAGGAAAAAUUGAUUAAGCUUGCAAAAUUCUAUCCUAAUGAAUUUCCAAGUUCAGAAUUGAUAGUCUUUGGUCAUACACUUGAGAGUUACAUUUGUUCUGUUAGAGGAGAUAACAGGUUUUGGAAUUUGAAGGGUCUUAGUGAGCUUUCAAUCAAAUUGGUUGAAACGGGAUUGUCUGAAACUCAUGAUAGGGUCUAUUUACUUUUGAAGUUGGUGUUGCUUCUUCCUGUCGCAACGGCAAGUGUGGAAAGG